AUGAUUUUAUAUCUCACGGUGUAUGAUCGUUCUAUGGGAUGUGUGUUGGGGCAACAAGAUGUAGCGGGUAAGAAAGAGCAAGCUAUAGCCCACAGACUCAAGCAAAUUGUGUUAUACCAUACUACUUGGUUAAUAACAAGGUUGGAUCCUCUCAAGUAUAUAUUUGAAAAACCAUCAUUAUUAGAAAGGUUAGCAAAAUGGCAUGUCAUGCUCUCUAAAUAUGAUAUUGUACAUGCGUCACAAAAAGUGAUCAAAAGAAGUGUGAUAGCUAAAUUCCUUGUAGAGCGUGCAACUGAUUAUUAUGAGCUUAUGAAAUUAGACUUUCUUGACAAAGAUUUAAUGACCAUAUCCCGAGAGGAGAAAAAGGAGCCAAUCGAAAAGCCAUGGAAAAUGUUUUUUGAUGGAGCCUCGAAUGCUUUAAGGCAUGAGAUUAGAGUAAUUUUGAUAUCCCUUGGUGGAAAUUAUUAUCCAAACACUACAAGGUUGGAUUUUAAUUGCACCAACAAUGUGGUAGAAUAUGAAGCAUGCAUAAUGGGCCUACAAAUGGCCAUUGUAAGGAAAAUUGGAGUUUUGGAAGCCUAUGGAGACUCAACCUUGGUAAUCUAUCAACUAUGUGGUGAAUGGGAAACAAGAGAUUAUGAUACCAAAAGUAUGAAGUAG